AUGGAAAAUUUUUCUUUAAAAGAGAACCGCGAAGUGGUUAAGAACUUGUGGCGACAAGGCUACAGAAGUCCAACACAAAUCUCUCAAAAGACUAGUGAAUCAGCAGGUGCUUUAAAAAGAUUCCAAUUGAUUAGUUUACCCAACUACUUAAUUUUCCAUAUUAAACGUUUCACAAAAAAUAAUUGGGAUCUUGAGAAAAAUCCCACGAUUGUAAACUUUCCGAUUAAAAAAAUUGAGAUGAAAGAUCUUCUCGAAAAUCCAGAAUCAGAAAUGUUGGACACGCAUUAUGAUUUAAUAGCAAAUAUAUGUCAUGAAGGUAAAGCAGGUAAAAGUAAUGGAAUUUAUAAAGUACAUGUUCAACAUCGUGGUAAAGAACAAUGGUACCAAAUUCAAGAUUUGAUUGUGGAAGAGAUCAAUGCACAAAUGAUUUUUUUGUCUGAAAGUUAUAUUCAGUAG